UAAUUCACAGGUGUUCCAGGCUAACGUUUUGCGAACCCGCAGGAACAGUACCACAGUUAUGAAUCGUCAUAGUCUGUUUGUGCCGUCAUCUCCUAUCCGCAUUCCGAGCAGCCGUCUUCAUCAAAUCAAACAGGAAGAAGGGAUGAAUCUGAUGAACAGAGAAACAGUACACGAAAGAGAAGUGCAAGUAGCGAUGCAGAUGAGCCACUCGUGGGAGGAGAGCUUGAGCCUGAGCGACAAUGAUUUUGAAAAACCAUUAUCACCAAAGCAAGUAGACUUUGUCCCAGUUUCUCCAGCUCCUUCACCUACCAGAGGAAUAUGGAAGCAAUGUUUCUCACCAUCUUUGCAAAGUUUGGUCAGUAGCACUGGGUUACCUCCAAGUCCAAGCCCAAGCCCAACAAGGCGAUUUUCCAGCAGGAGAAGCCAGAGUCCGAUCAACUGCAUACGACCAAGUGUUCUUGGGUCAAUAAAAAGAAAAGGUGUAACAGAGGUAGAAGAUCAUCCAAAAAGAUUAUUCCAAGGAUCCACCAGCAUCCUUACCCCUGAAGUUUCCCAUCAGGUGGACCUUGGGGGAUGUCUGUCAGCACACGCCCUUGAUGACAACAGAAGCAGUGCAAGCUCGUCCUGUGACUCGCCAGCUGAAGUCGGCACCAACACAGACUCCCCGGUCUCGCUUUCUGACUCCAGGUCUCCUUUUUUACCAGUAGAUCUUGCGGCCAAGUUACCUAUUAAUUGAGACGCAGAGGUCUGCUGAUGGGCACUGAGAAACAGGCUGGAUACCAACAGGACUUUGUUGUGUGUAACUGAUUCUGUUCCUCAUAGGAACUUCCAGAAAUGUCAUUAUUUCUAGAAAACUUCCAGAAUAGUUCCUUGAGGAGGAAUUCACAUUUCUAGUGAUUUGUAUGACAUUUACUAAGAUACAGUAAGCAUUUGAAUUGCAGACAUGUUUGAUGCUAACAU